AUGAAUGCAAUUGGGGAGAAUGUAACAAGAUUUUACAGUACUCUACAAGUCAAAGACCUUUAUCGUAAUAAUAAUAAUAAUGCGAACGUUAAUGUGAAUGGGAACGAUCUUCCUUCUACCAAUAAUAAUACUCCUAAUUCUUUGCACAUGUUCAUCUUUGCAGAAUUAACUAUUUCCACACCAUCAUCACCCUAUAAAUCUGAUCUCAUCUGGCCAAAAACCUCAAUUGUCCAAUUUCUGGUUGCACAAGAUCAUUUACAAGACAUGGUAAUUUCUCAAAACAUCAUCAACGAAGAUAAUGAUGAAUUUACAUCUACAAAAUUUACAUCAAGAACUAGAAAUAAUACAACUCCAUCACUUUGUACCACAAAUGGACCAGAAGUAACGCCUACAAUAUUCAGAGCACCAACAUCAUUGAAUAGUAGUGGUAAUUAUGCAAAUUAUCCUCUCGUUUUACCACCGUUAUCAGCGGUUCAAUGUAAUAUCACCUAUACACAUUUAGAAGAUAUUAUGAUUUAA